GUCCAAGCUCUUUUUAAUUCGAAUAUAUCCAGGUUCUCUACCAACAUCCACAUUGUUUUCAUCGAACAUAUAAGUUGAAUGUUCGUUGGGCGAUCCACCAGUUGGCGGUCGUCAACACCGCCCUCGUGAUUCUCCUCGACCGGAACCCUCCUCCGCCUUCAACAUCCGGAGGUCGCAUCAUCGCCUGUCCAGCAACUCUCUCCCCCUCCUUCUUCCUCACCAUCCCUCGCCCCCCUUUCUCCUCCUCCGUCAUAUCUUGCUUGCGGCUCGCACCUUAUCUUUUUCCCCUCCUCUUCCUGCUCCUCUGGAGCUCUCCAUGCCUGAUAUCGGUUCCCGCGUCUAAAGUCCGUGACCGAGCUCCCGCUUUCACCAUGCCGAUCCGUCCUUUGGAUGAAUGGGCCUCCACCCGCACUCAGUCGCUCCCUCUGGCCGCUCUGAAAGGGGCGGUCAUCGGUAUCGAUGCGUCGCACUACAUUUCCCAGCACCUCCUCCACCCCUCUUCCCGCGAACCCCUUCUGGUCGCCCUGGGCGGAUUUCCGUUCGCGUUGAAAAACAACAUUGAAAAGGAGCUCCAGGUUUUCAAGGACUUGGGCGUCGCCUGCGUCUUCGUGUUCAAUGGCCUCCACUUCGGUAAAAAGGAUCAACGACCCCACGUGCAGCAGGAAGCCGUCCGUGCUUUCGAGCAAGCCUGGGACCUCUACGACCAGCAACAAGCCGAUCAAGUAGUGGAUGCCUUCAGCAGCGCCGGCACCCCCCGCCCGGACUCCCUCUACCGGUUCCUCCAGCGCAUUCUACACCAAAACGGAGUUGACUACAUCGUGGCUCCCUACAGUGCUGCAGCUCAGGUAAGGACUAACCCAAUAUUCGUGGAGGUUACAAUCUCACGCCCGGUCUCUUUCGCAUAGCUCGCCUAUCUGACCAAAGGCCCGAACCCGCUGAUUGAUGCGGUCUGCGGAUCCUCCGAAGCCUUUCUUUUUGAUGUGGAACGGUUGAUCACGCGGAUUGAUACAGACCCCGCCCAGUUCUUCUGGAUCACCAAGCAGACCUG